AUGUCUGAAGCAACCUCCAAUAAGGCCGUGAUCACUUUGAGUCCUCGUGAGACCGAGAUUCUCGUCGUUGCCCUCCAGAAUGUCAAAGGUGGCGAUCUCCAGAUCGACUACCCUGCAAUGGCCACUGGUAUCGGUGUCAAGGAUGCACGAUCGGCCUGCGCACGCUGGAGUGAAGUCAAAAAGAAGCUCUCACUCGGUGGUAAGCUCACUCCAGCUACUGCUGGCGAGCCAUCUGCCCCAAAAGCAAGAACUCCACGAAAGCCCAAAGAUCCCAAUGCUACGGCCAAAUCAACCAAGAGAACCCCCAAGUCUGUAGCUGCUGCGAAGGAAGACGAUGUCGAGGACCCUGCUGAUGAACCUGCGUCACCCACCCCUGGAGAUGCUGAGAUGAAUGAAGAAGAAACUCCAGCUACACCAACCACUCCCAAGGCCGCCGAGACUCCGGCUCAAACCUCAACUGGCAAGAAGCGUGUCCGUAAGACCAAAGCGCAGAAAGAAGCCGAAGCUGCUGCCAAUGGCGAAAAUGCUGGUGACGACGAGGAAGAGAAGCCAGCCAAGAAGCCUCGCAAGACUCCCGUCAAGAAGAAGACUGGUGCCGCUGCCGCUGCCGCCGAUGCUGCGGGCGAAGAAAAUGCCGAAGAAGCCACGCCUUCCAAGGCAAAGAAGCCGGCUGCACGCAAACCAGUUGCCAAAAAAGGGGCUGCCACCGCCGAACCAGCAACCGAACAAGAACCAGACCCGGCUGCCCUGGCUUCUGCUGCGGAAGAAAAGGCCAAGAAGGAGAAGAUAGCUGCCGAUGCUGCCUUGGCGAAUAAUGUUCUGACUGGCAAGGUGGUGGCUACCAAGACUGGAACUGUAGCAAUCCCGGCCGUUGGCGCUGCUGAUGAUGGUCCUACUACUCCCGACGAAGAGGACGAAGCUGUGGUCAUCGAAGACGCUGGCGAGGUUGCUGGAUCCGAGACUGUGGCUGUCAUUCAGACCGAGAUUGUUGUUCCUGCGUCUGCCUAGACAUAGCCAGCAUCCGGCAUGUUGGUUGCAAAUCAUCGCGCCAUCCACAAGGCACAAUCUUGGAGAGUUUCACUUGGUCAACGGACUGGACAAAGAGAGAUUGGAUCAGAUAUGCGCUGUCUUUUUUUCUUUCUCGAGGGCUGUUUCAUAAAAUGGAUAUCAACAGAUAGUCAGACAUGGAGAACGAAUGCAUGGUCAAUGCCUGAGAGCCAGGAGUUGUGGCAUGGCAUGGCAUUGAAUUGAGGAAAAUGAGCCCGAGUUGAGAG